AUGAAGAAGAGUGACACUGCGGUGCCACCAUCUCCUGCUUGGUGGUAUUCCUGGAGAGAUUCUACAAUGCAAGCGACUGUGGACUGCGCAGUUGUGACAGAUAACGGCCUGGUGACCAUAACUCUCGUUACCGAGGAUGUUACUGGUGAAGGGCCCCACGACUAUAGCUAUGUAAUAGAAGACCACGAGAAGAAGGUUGCAAGCAUUUGGUGGGGAACCAGACUUCUCAACGCAUACUGGAGCGGCGUGAUGACCGCCGCCGCCACAAACAUGACGAAUAUAUCCGGCUCCGAGACCUAUGCCAUUAGUGGCAACUUCUCCUACACUCCCAAAGCAAGAGAACAAGAGUAG